UCAGAUUUUUCUACCUCAAAAUUGAUUAGCAGGCGUUAGCUGCUUAAUAACCAUUUACCCAGACUUUGUCAUUGUGGUAUUACUUUAAAAAAAGUAUAAAAUUUGGAAAAGACGAGAUAAUAUUUUAAUUGGAGCAUAACAAGAUGAGUAAUUGUAGCCCAUGUCCUUGCAUGAUCGUUGUGAGUCAAAAUUUGAAGUCAUGAUCUUCUAAAACUUUAGCAAUAUUUUUGCCGGGAUUCUAAAAAUGGCCGGUCCUUUUAAUCACAUUAAUCACACAAGCUCACUGCUUGGUGAAAGUAUCAAAGACGUUUCUGUUACAAGAGGAAGCCCUUUGUCCCCCAUCUCCUCAGUAAACAGUAUGCUCAGCAAUAGCAUUGGCGACAUGACUUCCAGCGGGUUCAACAAUUCUUCAAACAAUCUUACCCUGCCUUCUGUUGAUGGCCAGUUCUCAUCUUUUUUAAUUGGCAACAUACUCGAAGCUAUGUCACUGCACGAUGAUAUUAAAGAAACGGAAAAUCACUCGUGUAGUUGUGGUGAUGGGGUGGCAGCUAGCUCCUACUGUCGUGACUGUAAGGACUACUUGUGCCAGCGCUGUGUUUCUGCUCACUAUCGCGUUCGAUUGACGAAGGACCACAUUAUAGUAAAAGCAGAGCAGAAAGAAAACAAUGUUGAACAGCAUCGUCAAAUGCCCUAUCUACUUUCCCCUCCAUGCGAAAAUCAAAACUAUUGUACUUCUCAUACAAACGAAGUUUUGCGUUUAUUUUGUGACUCUUGUUCUGUGGCAAUUUGCAACCAAUGCACUGUAUUUCAGCAUAGCGGACAUAACUUCCAAUACCUCAAGGAUGCAGUGGAAGACAGUAAAACUGCAACAAUUUCUCUUUUAUCUGAUGCUAAAAAUGACUUGAGAAGUUUGGAAAAAAGCAUCUUGGAUAUUCAGCUUCUAAUUGAUCGUGUGAUUGGUCGAAGCAAAUUAGUCGUCACAGACGUUCAUUCAAUGACACACAAACACAUGAUGGCGCUAGAGCAGAGGGAGCGAGAUCUUAUUGAAAAAAUUGAAAAAAUUAAAUUGGCAAAAUGCCAGAUCCUCACUUCACAGAUAGACCGCCUUCAACAGUCAGCAAGCAGCUUGAAAACAACAAUUGAAGAUGUGAAGGAGACACUCGAUUCUGGGGAAGCUCUCGAAAUUCUCAAAGCCAAGCAAAAGAUGGAGACCGGUUUACUUAACAUAUCAAGGUUCUGUGUUACCACCAUCCCCCAUGACGAUGAUGUCAUUAUGUUCGUUCAACCGGAACCAGGAUUACUGCAUGCCUUCACAUCACUUGGUAACGUGAAGAGCUCUGUAUCCGCCCAACACUCAUUACUCUCAAAAGAUGGUGGUCCUUCUAACACAGUACUAUGCGGGACAAAUGCAUCGUUUACAAUACAUGCACGGGACCAUGCAGGAGCCCCGAGACAUAUUGGUGGUGACGUUUUUGAGAUUCUCAUUCGUCGCCCUGACAGCUCAACGUUUCGUGCCGAUGUGUUAGAUUCUGGGGAGGGAAGGUAUCGUUUCUGCUUUCCUGCUGUCCAAGAGGGCAAAUACUCGGUGUCUGCUUGGUGCCGUGGCCUGCCAGUAUGUGACAGCCCCUUCAAUCUACUUGUCAAGCGAAAUAUCAAUUACUCAUCAAGGGCGGCUGCAGGCACCCCUGUACUUACGUUUGGCAAGGAAGGCUCAAAAGAUGGUGAACUCUGCAGACCGUGGGGAAUAUGCUGCGAUUCGCAGGGCCACCUUAUUGUUGCCGAUCGUAGCAACAACCGAUUACAGAUCUUCAACUACGAUGGAAGUUUUCACCAUAAGUUUGGAACUUCGGGGUCGCGACCCGGUCAAUUUGAUCGACCUGCAGGGGUCACCGUGAACAAGCAAGGUCAAAUUGUAGUUGCGGACAAAGACAACCAUCGAAUCCAGAUCUUCUGUUUCGAUGGCACUUUCGUGGGCAUGUUUGGAGAGCGAGGUUCUAAGAGUGGACAGUUUAAUUAUCCAUGGGACGUGGCUGUCAACUCAGUUGGUAUGAUUGCAGUCACCGACACCAGGAACCACAGAAUUCAACUGUUCUCUCCAGACGGAACGUUCUUGCACAAAUAUGGGUUUGAGGGUGCGUUAUGGAAACACUUUGAUUCACCACGAGGUGUCGCUUUUUCCCAUGAUCGCAUCAUUGUCACUGACUUCAACAACCAUAGACUGGUCAUAAUUGAACCAGAUCUACAGUCAGCCAGGUACUUGGGCUCAGAAGGCAACCAGGCUCUGCAAUUCCUAAGACCACAGGGAGUUGCCAUUGAUGAAGAAGGCAACAUAGUAGUUGCUGAUUCCCGUAACCAUCGUAUUCAAGUCUUCACUCCAACUGGUGGUUUGAUUGCUGUUUUUGGUGGAGCCAGUACAACUAAUGGAUCCGCUCUUAUGGAUCGUCCUUCUGGUGUAACAGUGACACCUCAUGGCCAUAUUGCUGUCGUUGAUUUUGGAAACAACCGCGUCAUCGUCUUCUAAAUGCUGAGUCAGAGUAUUUUCCCGCCUACCUCUUAUAACCAUGCUGUAUGCGGUGUUGUAGGCUUAAUAAUAGAGUAGUGCAACACAACUAAACAUAUCUCAAGACCAUAAACCAUUUCCAGUCAUCGUACAUGAACUAAUCUAGGCAAGUCAAAAAUGUCUCAAAUUUUUGAUAAUUUUUCACCUGAACUAGCAGGCCAGCAUACCACGCUUGUUCUUUAUCAUUUAUUUUACUGUAUAGCUGCAACACCUCAUUUGCUAAUUGCCCUCAAUGCCAAUGCCUCAUUUCUCCGAAGCAUAGCUAACCAACAGUACCUGUGCUUUUUGUGCGCUUUUUUAAACCUAAGUUUUCUGUACUGGCUCUGCACAUACAGAUUUACCCAAAAACUGCAACGGAACAAAACUUUUUCAAAUUCAAGAUCUUAAUCUGCAGCAAUAAUUGAUGGUGCCAUAUUUCAAACUGCCUUACAAAACUGCAUAGAAGUUUCACAGUGCAUCAUUUUACUGGCAGCACUGGUUGCCUGUAUUUUAUCUUUUUAUCCCACAACUGACAAUACUGUAAUCCCCAUUUUUGCAAAAUUAGUUUGCCUUGCAACAAUUACUAACCUAGAAAACUGCUUGCAGAAAAUGCAGCGCCAAAAUUAUCAAGUUUAAAACUAAUGCUUAUUCUGCACCAAGCAGCUUCUGCUAAGGUUGUAUAUGAUACUCAUUUCUUAAAAACCUAGCACUACUUUUAAAGAAUGUGUAGUUACAAAUUAGCAGAACUAUUUAACUUGUUUCCUAGUGUAGUGUUAUUAAUAGUACCAAACGUGUUGGAUUUUACUUUAUGUAACUCCACACAGUAGCUGUUCUUUUUCAGACGCCAACACUCCACAAAGGCGCAACUAACGCCCUCAAUAUGUGUUUCUUCUUAUGUCAUUUAAUUUAUUCUUUUGACACGGUCUCAAAGCAACACCAAAUUAUCUCAUUGAAAUGAAGAGUUUUCUUAGAAAACCUCCUUUUAAGAUUGCUACCUCGUGGCGAAAUGUUGAACCAUACCUCAAUUGUAACGGUCCUCAAAGGACCCAGUCGUUAUAUUUCAAAAAAACUUUCAAUAUACCUCGAACGGUCAAAAACUUGAUUCAGGAUCUGGAAACGGCUCUAAGCCGCUCGCAAAAUGGCCCCAUUUACCCCAUGGUCAUAACCUGGGAUCCAUCUACCUCUAAUAUUCCACUGAACGUUGCUUGUACAGUCCUCCCCUGACACACAGUCCCAUCCUGACGAACUUUUUCUAAAAUUGUCAUUUUUUCGGACCAACAAAUCUGUAUGUUCCAAUGCCGUCGCACUUUUUACCCCCAAGUUCCACCCUGCGCCAGUGGUUCCUCAUGCCCCACUUUAAGUUCCAAUCCCUGCUUGGCUGUGCAUGCCUACGCUAUUUCUUUUUAAUUGCUCAUCUGUUUCACCUGUAAAAUGCCGCCGUCGUGUGUGACACGGUUAUACAUACUGAACUUGGUUCAUGUAAAUAAAACCUCAUAUCGUCCAAAUUA